AUGGAGACUGUCACUACAAGUAAUAGUUCGAUUACUAGUGAUUCAACUACAAUCAGCAAUACUGCUGCUUCCUCAAGCUCUGCGCCAGCAGUCACCGUUGUCGAGCUUAAGCGCUACUCCCUAGUGCCUCCGAAGUGGCAAGAAUUCGUCCGUGUUGCCGGCAUGUCGGAGUGUAGGGAGGCCUCACUCUCCCUGGCCCAUGCCUUUGCUGCCGACGACUACGCCCAGUAUCUUGUCAACACAGAGGAUCCCGAGGACGCGAAGACUGUCGUCGGUUCAGGUGGUGGAGACAGCAGAGGCGUGAUGUCCAGCGGCACCAUCAUGACCCCAGAGGACAAGUGGAAGCUGCAUGUAGAUAUCAUGACUUAUGCUGUCGCGAUGCAUUGCCUCAAUGGGCUGGUGACGACAAUUGGUCCAGAGUAUGAUAGCGUUGCGCUUUGCUGCACGGUAACUGUGAGAUCUCAGUGUGUAUCCAAAUACUGCAGGCUACCACCUGGUCACGAUCUUGAUAGCUGGUGGGUGCUGUUUCGCAGCGGAGCCUGGAGGCUCUACUAUCAGUUGUCUAUCGAGGGUAGGAAGCGUUACUUCGACGAAGUGGUCCCUCUCCUGCAUGACACCAAGGCGCAAGUCCUGGGCGAGAGGGAUCAUGAUGCUUGGUACUUGGUUUACUUGGGCACGAAGCCGAGCUCCCAGGGGAGAGGGUAUGCGGGGAAGUUGUUGAAGGAUGUGAUGCAGCGGGCCGACGCCGAAAACAGACCCAUGUAUCUCGAAUCCAGCUCACUCGCCAACAACUCCUACUACCAGAAGUUCGGCUUCGAGAUCAAGAGGGACAUCUUCCUGAAGCGUGGACGGGACCCCGUCCGUUUGUCCAUUAUGGUCCGCGAGCCCAAUGCCUCUGGCAUGACUCCCAGUAGCACCCGCAAGGAUCUUGUUACUGGUGGCUCUACCGUUGGCGCGCUCUUCGCUGCUGCUGCUGCUCCUUUGACGACGACCACGACCACUAGCAAUACUCUUAUGGGAUCUACUAGGGUCAAGUUUCCUACUGUCGGCUCCCACUAUCAUCAUGGCCUUCUUGCACAUGGGCAUUGCCAUGUUGGUCUUGGAGUUGGCGGUAAGAAGUUGAUGUAA